AUGUCCGCAAUGCAGGCAGCCAACAGGCUCAGGACGGCCUUCACCAAGGGAGUCGGGCCCAGCUUGGGCCUGUGGCAGAUGAUUCCCGGCGCCAACGUUUCCCGGGUUCUCGCAAAGAGCCCGGGCAUCGACUGGGUCUUGGUCGACUGCGAACACGGAAACAUUGACGACGGGGCUAUGCACGAUGCCGUCCCCGCCAUCGCCGCCGCGGGCGUAUCGCCAAUUGUGAGAUUGCCGGACAUGCAGGGUUGGAUGGUCAAGCGUGAGGACUCCCAUAUCCUCGUCCCGCUGCUCCGCACGCCGCAGGAGGCGAAGGAGCUCGUACAGUCCGCCAAGUUUCCCCCUUGGGGACGACGAGGUUUCGGGUCGCCCCUCGCCAUGGAGAGGUUCAAUCCGGCGCCGACAAUGACCGAGUACUUGCAGCAGGCCAACGACAGUCUGUUGACGAUGGUACAGAUUGAGACCCGGGAGGCUUUAAACUCGGUCGAGGACAUUGCUGCGGUUGAGGGCAUCGAUGUACUGUUCAUUGGGCCCUUUGAUCUUGGAAACAACAUUGGUCACCCAGUGAUCAACGGCGUCAUCAAGAAGGAGUUGAGCGAUGCCAUUGACCGUAUCCUCGAGGCCACCCACAAGGCAGGCAAGAAGGCUGGUAUCUUCUGCACCUCGGGAGAGCAGUCGAAGUUCUUUGGAGACAAGGGGUUCGAUAUGAUUAGCGUAGCGACGGACUACACGGCAUUGCAGCUGACUUACGGACUCCCGAUCGCAACAUCAUCAAAUCCCAAACAAACACGCGAAAACGACAGCGAGCCAUCCCACACCAUGGCGGAGAAGUGCGUCCACCAAGGCUGCGGCAAGGUCUACACCGAUGCAGAGGAGCCAUGCGUCUACCACCCCGGCCCUCCCAUCUUCCACGAAGGCCAGAAAGGUUGGAAAUGCUGCAAGCCCCGCGUCCUUACCUUUGAGGAGUUUAUGACCAUCCCCCCCUGCACAACUGGCAAGCACUCUACAACCGACCUGCCGCCCCAGAUCGAGAAGAAGAAGGAAGACGCCGCUGCGGCCGCCCUCCUCGACAAGCUCGCAUCGGCACCGGCCCCGGCGCGCAAGCCCCUCUCCCAGACCCAGGCCCAGGCCGCUCCCUCUCCUCCUCCACCACCCCCGGAGUCCGAGUCCGAUGACGCCUCCCUCGAGAUUGCCGAUGGCGCGACCUGCCGCCGCAAAGCCUGCUCGGCCACCUACCGCAAGGGCUCCUCCCGUGAUGCAGAGUCCUGCGUCCAUCACCCUGGCGUUCCUAUCUUCCACGAGGGCUCCAAGGGCUACAGCUGCUGCAAGCGCCGCGUGCUUGAGUUUGAUCAGUUCAUGAAGAUUGAGGGUUGCAAGACCAAGAACCGUCACUUGUUCAUCGGCAGCGGCAAGAAGAAGGGAGCCGCCGCCGACGGGGGGGAGGAGAAGCUUGACACCGUUCGCAACGACUUUUACCAGACCCCCUCUACUGUUAUCGCCUCUUUCUUCCUGAAGAAGAUCGUCAAGGACUCUGCCAAGAUUGAGUUCAAGUCGCAGUCCAUCGCGCUCGACUUGCCUACUUCCGACUCACCGCCUAAGCGUUACACGGCCGAGGUGCCUCUGUUCGCGCCUAUUGAUGCGGAAAAGUCCACCUUCAAGGUCCUCGGCACUAAGCUCGAGGUGACUCUCGCCAAGGCCGGCGGCGAGUCGUGGCCGGUCCUGCGCAGUGACGACCGUCUCACUGGUGAGAUAUUACAAAUCGGCAAGGCGGGGCGCUUGCAAUAG